AUUACUUUUAAGUCACAACUUUUCUAGCGCCAUCUAACGUGAUCAGCUGAUUGAAUAACCGGUCUGUUUUUGUCAUUGAUUGUCAAUUCCACGAUAAUUCCUUAAAUGUGUGCAACAAAAGACAACCAUCAUGACACCUGUAUCAAAAUAACGUAGGAAUCUUAUCUAAAUACUAUAUUGGCAAGAAAAAUAUAUUGAUCCUCAAUCAACCAAUCAGCAUCGUUCUUGGAAUUUUCUUCCUAAAAUCAAAACAUGGCUUCUUUGGUUGCAGAUUAUGGAACAAGUUCUGGAGAAGAUUCUGAUGUUGAUGGGGAUGUUGAAGAGAAAUUUCCUGCAACUGAUAUAACAAGUAAGCAAAAUGGUGUAAAGGACAAUGAUAAUGUUUCACCUGAUGACACAACAAUGCAGCUAUGCAAUACUGCUGACCCAACUACAACAGCGCCAUCUGUAAACUUCCUAACAGCAGAUCUCAGUUCAGAUGACAGUGACAAUGAUGAACCAAAUAAAAAGUGCCAAAAUGAAAAAUCUGAAACAAAAGAACGAUUACCAAAUCCAUUAGCCCUGAGCCUACCAUCUCCCUUAUUAGGAGAUGGAAUUGGUUCGCAAGCAGGUGUUUUCAAAACCAAAUUUCAAAUAGCCGAGGAGGCUAAAAAUUCAGUUCUUGAACAACAUGUUAAGAUGACAGUCGCUGAAACUUUGAAGAAAAAAGAACGUAAACAAAUAUGUUAUAAGUUUAGAAAAGGACAAUGCAAAUUUGGGAAGAAAUGCAAAUACUUUCAUGAUGUUCCCAAUGCUGGAAAUUCCAAUGAUAAUUCUGGGAACCAGGAAGAGACUAGUGCUAAAAUUGUUCAACAUUUUGGAGUUUCAAAUUUUCCUCAGGGAGAGGAUUUACCAGUUGAGGUGGAUGAUGAUAGCUAUAUGGGACAGGCCAAGAAAAAGAAAAGAGUAGGGAUAGCUCAACAGAGCCUUGUACCUCCCAAGAGAGCAAUGAAAAACUUAAGUAAAAUUAGAGAACAAGAGCGACCAUGGACGAUGGAUUAACAUACUUAAUCACUGAGAUUAAAUUAUUUAUGGCACCAUUAAAGAAUGGUGACAUAUUGUUACAGCCACCAGUUUCUUUGAUCAGAAUUCAGCAUAAG